AUGGGACUAUGGGGAAGUCCAUUCAGCAAGAGAGUGGAGAUGGCAGUUCGACUGAAAGGCGUAAGCUACGAGUACAUGGAAGAAGACGUUUACAAGGACUUGAGAGCCCAAUGCUUCCACAAGAAAGUUCCCGUCCUCCUCCACAACUCCAACCCAGUUGUCCAAUCUCUCGUCAUCCUCCAAUACAUCGAUGACGUGUGGAGUCGGAACCAUCCCAUCUUGCCGGGCGAUCCGUACGACCACGCCAUGGCUCGUGUUUGGGCCAAGUACGUCGAUGACAAGGUUUGCGUUUGA